AUGGCCUGCGGGCUGGCCUACCUGCACGAGGACGUGCCUCGCUACAAAGGAGAGGGACCCAAACCGGCCAUCGCUCACAGGUAAGAGCACACGAGGACAGCACUGCUGUGUGUGAGAGACAAAGAGAGGUAUUCGAUUUGGGACCUGGUUCGAGCAGUGUUUCUGUUUUCUCGAUGACCUAUCUGGUAAGUUAAGAUAAGGUAAUCCUAUACCUUAGCAAUGAUUAUGCUGAAUUUUUGUUCUCUCUGCGGGCACCUGUGUCGUCAUUCUGCAAUCCGGAGGCAUCUAUCCCUGAGGGAGUCUGUUCUUUUAACAGCACUCAAACCUCUGGACUGCAAUUUUAUUUGACUGCAGGAAAUCAAAUUGUUUACAGUUUAUGCCAUUGGGAAAACACUUCAAUUCAGUUAUGAUUAAACUGUGUCAUAAAUCUAGACAUAACCUUUCUCUGUUGGCAGCAGGUCUUUCUUCUUUAUUCGUGUGUAGUUCAGGAUAAGACCUAUCUUGACGAAAGGGCAAACUGAUCCCAAAUCAGUUGUGGGGCCAACUAAAUUCUAUAUGGUCCUUUUCAGACCUGGGACACCAGGGAAUGAAACUCUCAGGCCAAUCACUGAUGUUAAUUGAACUGGUAGAAAAGAAAACCGGCCUCCCGAGUGGCGCAGCGGUCUGCAUCGCAGUGCUUGAGGCGUCACUACAGACCCGGGUUCGAUCCCAGGCUGUGUCACAGCCGGCCGUGACCGGGAGACCCAUGAGGCGGCGCACAAUUGGCCCAGGGUCAUCCAGAUUGUAUUGUUUCCUCCGACACAUUGGUGCGGCUGACUCCUGGGUUAAGCGAGCAGUGUGUCAAGAAGCAGUGCGGCUUGGCGGGGUCAUGUUUCGGAGGACACAUGGCUCUCGACCUUUGCCUCUCCCGAGUCCGUACAGGAGUUGCAGCAAUGGGAAAAGUCUGUAACUACUAAUUGGAUAUCAUGAAAUUGGGGAGUAAAAGGGGUAAAAAAACAAACAAAAAACACGGUCUGGUUCAGUACGCAGAAAACGUUUUGAAAUGGGGGAGGUACUACCUGAACUUGUCCAAUAAGAAAACGUGUUUCUGUUUUCUGCCGCAAAUCUUUUUGCUACGUUGUGCCGUGUAGUUCAAUAGCCCUGCUGACGUGUAGUUCUAUAACCCUGCUGCCGUGUAGUUCUAUAACCCUGCUGCCGUGUAGUUCUAUAACCCUGCUGCUGUGUAGUUCAGUAGCCCUGCUGCCGAUUAGUUAAAUAGCCCUGCUGCCGUGUAGUUAAAUAGCCCUGUUGCCGUGUAGUUCAUUAGCCCUGCUGCCGUGUAGUAAAUUAGCCCUGCUGCCGUGUAGUUAAAUAGCCCUGCUGCUGUGUAGUUCAUUUGCCCUGCUGCCGUGUAGUUCAUCAGCCCUGCUGCCGUGUAGUAAAUUAGCCCUGCUGCCGUGUAGUUAAAUAGCCCUGCUGCUGUGUAGUUCAUUUGCCCUGCUGCCGUGUAGUUCAUCAGCCCUGCUGCCGUGUAGUUCAAUAGCCCUGCUGCCGUGUAGUUCAAUAGCCCCGCUGCCGUGUAGUUCAAUAGCCCCGCUGCCGUGUAGUUCAUUAGCCCUGCUGCCGUGUAGUUAAAUAGCACUGCUGCCGUGUAGUUAAAUAGCCCUGCUGCCGUGUAGUUCAGUAGCCCUGCUGCCGUGUAAUUCAAUAGCCCUGCUGCCGUGUAGUUCAAUAGCCCUGCUGCCGUGUAGUUCAAUAGCCCUGCUGCCAUGUAGUUCAAUAGCCCUGCUGCCGUGUAGUUCAUUAGCCCUGCUGCCGUGUAGUUCAAUAGCCCUGCUGCCAUGUAGUUCAAUAGCCCUGCUGCCGUGUAGUUCAUUAGCCCUGCUGCCGUGUAGUUCAAUAGCCCUGAUGCCGUGUAGUUCAAUAGCCCUGAUGCCGUGUAGUUCAGUAGCCCUGCUGCCGUGUAGUUCAGUAGCCCUGCUGCCGUGUAGUUCAGUAGCCCUGCUGCCGUGUAGUUCAGUGGCCCUGCUGCCGUGUAGUUCAGUGGCCCUGCUGCCGCGUAGUUCAGUGGCCCUGCUGCCGCGUAGUUCAGUGGCCCUGCUGCCGCGUAGUUCAGUAGCCCUGCUGCCGUGUAGUUAAUUAGCCCUGCUGCCGCGUAGUUCAGUGGCCCUGCUCCCGCGUAGUUCAGUGGCCCUGCUGCCGCGUAGUUCAGUGGCCCUGCUGCCGCGUAGUUCAGUGGCCCUGCUGCCGCGUAGUUCAGUAGCCCUGCUGCCAUGUAGUUCAGUAGCCCUGCUACACACCAUCACUGAACCCCCAUCCUCUCUUCCUUCUCCCCUCCAGGGACUUCAAGAGUAAGAACGUGAUGCUGCGGACGGACCUGACGGCCAUCAUCGGAGACUUUGGGCUGGCGGUGCGGUUUGAGCCGGGCAAGCCCCCAGGGGACACUCACGGCCAGGUGAGUGGGUCACCAUCAGUCCGUCCCAAAUGGCGCCCCAUUCCCCAUAGAGUUGACUACUUUUGACCAGUGAACAAUAUUUCAGACAAGUAAAUCGAUCAUACUAACUGUGAACAAAGAACAUCAUGGAGACACUGCUUUAAAGCUAGCUCAUGUACUCACAUGACAAGGAAAAGGAAGUGUGUGAGUGUAUGUGCAUCCGCUUGUGUGUGUGUGUGUAGGGGACCUUGUCUGACAGCGUUUUGUCCAUCCAGGUGGGUACCAGGCGCUACAUGGCGCCGGAGGUCCUGGAAGGGGCCAUUAACUUCCAGCGGGAUGCCUUCCUCAGGAUAGACAUGUACUCCAUGGGCCUGGUGCUGUGGGAGCUGGUGUCACGCUGCAAGGCGGCCGAUGGUGAGUCACACACUAACACACACACACACACACACACACACACAGGAUCAUACUUGCCGAUUUAUCGUCAAUCAUACCACAUUGGAAUCAGGCUGAGAACUUUUAAUGUAGUGUAAUUGACAAAUGAGAACACAAGAAUGUUGAUAGCUUGUGGGUAACAACAUAGCAUAGCCUAUUGGGGUUCCAUGCUAAGACGUUGCUAUUGUGUUGUAUGGUCAGGCCCAGUGGAUGAGUACAUGCUGCCGUUUGAGGAGGAGAUCGGCCAGCACCCGUCCCUGGAGGACUUACAGGACGUGGUGGUCCACAAAAAGAUGAGGCCGGUCUUCAAGGACUGCUGGCUCAAACACGCUGUGAGUAUGCCAGCUCUGUCUCCAACUAAGAAAGCCGUAGGUCAAUACUGGGAUGUCCUUACAGCAGUACAGUUUGAUUCACAUUUCCCACAAUAUGUCACCCAGGCGUGACUUCAACGCAUAAACAUGUUUAGUUAAGUGCUGAGAUGUUCAUGUCCUAACUGAUGUGUCUCCCAGGGCCUGGAGUCGAUGUGUGAGACUAUAGAGGAGUGCUGGGACCAUGACGCGGAGGCGCGCCUUUCGGCCGGCUGCGUGGAGGAGCGCAUCUCGCAGAUCCGCCGGCUGACCAGCCCCCCUACCUCAGACUGCCUGGUCUCAAUGGUGACCUCUGUCACCAACGUGGACUUGCCACCCAAAGAGUCCAGUAUCUGA